AUGGGAAAGCAUAGGAGCACCAUCCGAGAACGCCUCACACGCGCCAUCACCGGACCACCGCGCAUCCCGGUGAGCAAUCGGCCUUUCGAGGCAACGGCGCGUCCAAAGCCGCCAGACGACCAGGCAGCCAACCAGCCAACCGCCGCCGUCCAGGAAGCAUCCGCGCCGACGACGCCCGCAGCCCGACGACCGCCGAUCAUCCGCCAGCGGACCACCCGCUCGCGACAAGAGCGACUGUACGAGACGGCCCCCUCCAGCGCAACCACCGCCCGUCAAGCCACACUUCUGGCCAUCUUCGGGUCCACCCUCUCGGAUCUCGACGACGAUGAUGACGAUGACAACGGCCGCGAGAGAACCGCCGAGCGCACCGCAGCCGCGCCUGAGUCCAUGCCGGACAUAGCGUCGCUGACAAUCGCGGGGCCCAGCGCGGCGCCACCAGGGACGGCCCCAUCGGCACCGCCGCCCGCGACGCUGCCGACGCCGACGCCAACACCACUGCCCACACCACCGCCAACACCGCUGCCGAUGACGCCCGCACCACCGUCGACACAGCCAGCACUUCUGCCGAUGACGCCAGCGCCGCUACCGACGCCGCCAGCUCCACUACCAACUCCGAGGUAUUUUACCGGACCCCCGCCGCCGGAGAUCACCCCAGCAACGUCACCGCCGCCCGGACCACCGAUCCCGCUAGCCGUCGCCAUCCCGGAGGAGCCCUUCCCUGAGGACGCCCUCCGAACCGUGCCGUGGGACCGCAUCCGCCCGGGGCAACGAUAUCGCCACCACAUGCACGGACGUAAGAUUAUUGUUUGGCGCCGCCGCGACGGUUCAUGGUUCCUAAAAUAA